AAACAACUGCUCUCGGCUAACUACAACUACACCACGAAAUCAAAUAUGCUAGCACUAAAAUCUUCAUCUUAACCACCGACUCAGACAGCAUCUCCAGCGAAGAUCAAAGACACAGCCUGUCCCCCCUCCCCCCCCCCCAAAAAAAAAAAAAAACCGUUAGUGGCCAGUACUCUGCUGGCUGCAAGAACUCUAGGACACGGACAUAAAACUGGACAGAGUGCUGCCCAUCGGCUUGGAUGAUGUUUAAUCAUAGCUGUUACUACUUUUCCCAAGAGAGGAAAUGGUGGUUUGAGGCUAAGAAACAAUGUGAAGAAAAACAGUCUAAUUUAGUGAUGAUCAAAAGUAUUGAGAAACAGACUUUCAUAAAAAACAUCGUACAGAAUUAUACAAAGCAGUACUGGAUUGGACUGACAGAUGCUGGCCAAGAAGGGGACUGGAAAUGGGUAGAUGGAGAAAGCUGCAAUUGUACUGGGAAUAACAGAUUACAUUGGUAUAGUCGAGAGCCUGAUAACUGGGACUGGCAUCAGCACUCAAUGGAUGAAGAUUGUGCUGUCAUAAAAGCUAAUGGUGGAUGGAGUGAUAUCAGAUGUUCAGACACUGAAAGGUGGAUCUGUGAGAAACAAACUUCUGUUUGCUAAAUAAAUAAACCUUAAUUCGUGACAAUAACAAAGCCUUCAGUAACAAGCUUUCUCAGUAAAGGUUGUGCACUGCUGUGGAGAAUUAUGUUAAAAAUAAAUAAAGAUGUAGUUUACUAGUAAUAGUAAUGAGUAAAUGUUCUAACCCUCUAACUCCCUCAGCUGAUUUGAGCCCCAAACCUACAGGUAAUGUGACACCACCAAUAAUGUUAGUAUGUUCUAUGUAUUUCUGUUCAAAUAUCUAAAAUAAAUGUUUUUA